AAUGAUGACCUGUCUUCUUGUUCUUUAUUGGCCUCUUCUCUAAUGGCCAUUCCAGAUACUUAGCUUUUUCCCCUUAUAAAAACAACAAUUUUCCGCAGAAGAAGAAGAAUUCAUCCUCACCACUUCUUCAACCUCAAAACAACAUAAGAAAAAACAUGUUUUCGUUUGUUCACUUUUGUUCAAUCAAUUAGUUAAUUCUGCAAGUGUCGGAAACAGAAUCUCCGGCCGCCAUGAAAGGCAAAGGAAGGUACCGGAAGAGACUCAUGGGCAUCGUGGCCUUGCCCUUCACGGCUCUUUGCAAGGCGAGGGAUUUCUACGUGAGAAGCAUGACGGAUUGCAGCGGGCGGGUCGGCGUCGGGAACGUCGCCGGAAUGGGGCCGAUGCACGGCGGCCGUUUGCCGAAGAAUUUCAGCGUCGGAUCGCUCCGGUCCAAUGAAAGCGAUGAUUUCAGGGAGCUGGUUCGGGCGUCGUCUUCAUCUAACGGCGUUACAAGUAUUGACCUCGACUUGUUGGCGCGGGAACGGAUGAAGCGGGCCGGGUCGGAUCCCGGCGGCAUGCCCAGAAGUUGCAGCGUUGGGAUGGGUAAGAUUGAUGAAGAUGCUCCUUUUGUUAAUGGAGAAGACAAUGAUUUUGGUAAUAUUGGUGGGAAGGGAGAGGUUAAUUUUGGAAGAAAUAGAAGCUAUGAUGUAACAAAAAGCAAUGCAAAAUUAUAGAAAUUUAUAUAUUCAAAUUAAAAUUUUGAUUUA